AUGGAUUCCAGUGCAACCAGGGUCUCCCCUGCAAAGGGAGGCCGUGCCUGGGAGCUGCCGGGCAAAGGCUUUUCAACUUUGGAAGGUUCGGGGAAGGAGCAUUUGGUGGAAGCGGCCCAAGACCGCCUUCUUGAGAACGUUGUUGCAGGCAUCAACCAGGACACUGCGCAAGGAAAGCGCAUUCGCGAGCAGUGGACCUGUGCACAAGCCUCCAAUCUUCAGGUGAAAGAGGCUCUGCGAGCCCGGAACUUCCCCACGCAGCUGCCGGGGCUGAAUGCUUCAGGACAUGGUCGCAAAGCCACCAGGGAUGCAUGUGAAGCAUUUUGGCCGGAAAAAUGGUGUCGGGUACUUGACGAUGACGAGAUUCUUGCCGAGCUCGUCGUCGAUUGCGCCAUAAACUCCAUUGUGGAUUCCUUCUUGGACUCAGCAAUAGAGUUGCUUGACGCUCACGAAGGCUGGGCUUUGAAGAGUACUGGCAGUGGGAAAUCUCCUCACAGAUCGGUGGGCUUGGGUAAUCCACUGGUGGCUGGUGGCUGGGCUGCAGUCAGCAGCUCGACGUUUCAGCCAAACAGUCUUGAGUUGCCAAGCACGCAGCAUCCUGAUGUGCCGACUGUGUACCGGCAGCGGACCGUGUGCAACAGUAUGACGAAAAGCAGGAGCUCGGGCGAGAUUGACUCUUCAACAGAGAGAGAUAAUGGUCGAUCGACUUUGAAGCAUUUCAGAAGUCCGAAGCCUUUGGACCCCUUCAUGGAGCGACUGCAUGCUUUCACCGAGUCUCAGCGGCCUGCGCGGCGCCUAACACGGAGGCAGAGUGACCCGUUUGCACCGAAGUGGAGCUUGCCCAUGAUGGCUUCGAACUUUCCCGAUUAUUGGAACACUAUCGCUCCUCCACCAAAACCUCAGACAAUUGCAGUCAGCACUCCAGGCGGUGGAGGCGGACACAGGGCUUCGCUAAGCGAAGAGUGGGGAGAAGAUGAGGUCGUUCCUCCAGGAUACAACUGGCUUCAGCGCAAG